AAAGUAUGUCACUAUGAUUGCCAUGGCAAAACCGUUUCCGCGAGUGGUCUUUCGAGACUCAGAGCCUACCCGAUCAAAGCUUACGGCAACGAAACAAGGGCAGAGCUAUAUUUUUUACCAGAUCAUGUGACCAGUUUUGGUCGCCAUUUCCUCAGCAACAGGGCAGUGCUUUCUUUUGAAGCCGUCUGAUUCUUAUCACAUCUUUCCAUCUGCGGCUUACAUUCUGCUUCAGCAGCAGCCAGUCUCUACCCGUGUGUGUCUGUCUUGGCGAUCGGCCCAGAAGAGACCAUAUACCGAAGUGAGACGGGACUGGACGCCGCCUUCGAGAUCAAAAUUGACCCCGCAGAUAUGACUUUUGUCAAGUUGCUCCAAGGCUUCAGAAGUAUCCUCAAUAUUUCAGGUCGAUUACCGUGGGAAGCCACGCGUGCUGAAAGUUGUAAGUUCCACAAUACUGGAGAUCCCGGAUAUGCCAGUGACCGCGUCCGUGACUUGAACCGCUCUCGCCCCGAGAUUAGGGCCUAUUGCAGGCUAAAACGCUUUGGUAUAUGUGACGGUGGCUAUGUGCCAAAUUUUUAUGGGUUUAUGCUAGAGGUAGACCCAGCAAACUUUGCACCUCACCUCAGCGCCUUUCAGCAUGAUAGUGGCCAUCCAAGCGCGAUCCUGAUUGGGUACCUACCACAUUCCACGCCGAUGAACUGUGUCACCUAUAGCAAAGAGCGUAUGGACAAGGCAAUCAAAGGCAUCGAGCACAUCCAUUCAGCCUUUAUUGAACACAUUGAUCCUUACACCAAGAACAUCCUCAUUGUUCCUGGGUCCGAGAGGGUUCUUUGGAUUGAUUUUGAUGUUGCCAUUACUUACCCAAACAGUACAUUCAUUGGAGAAAGGGAACGCUGCUGGAUUAAGGAGGAAACUGAGUGUGUCAAAGGUUUCGGAGUGAAGCGCGCUCCUUUCUUUUUCUCGGAAUUUCAGCAUGUCUAACAAGCUUAACCGGCAGGCGAUCAAAAGAAGGGUCUCCAGCCAAAUACGAAAUAUUACUAGAUACAAUCCUUCUUGGCCAAAAGUUCCUCUUAACAGUCCCAACAGAAUGGUCAAGCUUCCCGGCCCUUCCGCCUUCCACGGUAUAAACGGCGCCACGAGCAGAUUACCAUUCCCAUCUAGCCUUUUGAUUGGUACCAACUCAGCAUCAGUUAAGACAAAACUGUACCGCGCAUCGUGUUGUUUCAUGUAAAAAUUGACUUGCAACAGGACCUGCUUAUAAUCCCGGCGAUCUUCUUUGGAUAAUGCUGUUAUCCAGCUGGACCCCCACUUCCAAGAUACUUUCAGGUCGCCCGGGCAGCGGUUUGGUGAGCAAUUAUGCAUGCUUCCUGCUUGGAAGCAAUGUCUGGUCGAAAGUUGUCAAUGAUCUGCGCUGCGUCACCUAUAUCGACAGUGAUAGGAGUAAGAUCUAGGUUUGACUGGGGUCCAAGGUGCAGGGACCCAGCUCGCAGCGCACGACGCAACCGACUUUGGAUAUAAGUGGUGAACCGGACGGCAAACAUCGCUUCGGUUUUGAUGGGCUGUGGAGGGGAGGUCGGCAUCGGCUCACUUGAAAUCACAGCAGACUGAAGCAAGUUCCCGUAGCGUUGCAAGAUAUGGGCAUGAGUAAACUCGGCCCAGUGGCCCACGCUGUUGAUGUCCCUCCAAGAGUAACUGCUAUUGGUGGUAUUGGGUGUUUUGUUCGUCUCUUGAGUAGGAAGGCCCGGUGGGCCGACCGUCAGAUAAG